AUGUGCGAUGAUCCGCCGAGCUCGCUCUACUACAUCAACGGUGACGCGGCAAUGUUGCAUUGCGAGACUGACGCACGUACGACGGGGGGAGCUACCACGGUUUUGUCGACCAUCGUAAUCACACCGACUGGAUCCGAGCAGCAACCGAGUACCGUCGUAUUCACCUCUAUCGAGGGGUUACAGACAGCGCUGUCGACGACACUGUCCUCAGAUGGAUCAGGUGCGCAGUCGUCUGCAACGAGCACUGUUGCGCACACACAAACGGAAGGCUGUGUCUCCUCAGGCGGCAGAGUAGGCGUAGGCGUAGGUGUGGGACUGGGAAUACCGUUGAUGUUUGCAGUUUUCGUUGUGGCGUUUUACUUGGGGCGGAAAACGCGCAGAGCGGAUGUGUCGGUGGAAACGGAGGCAACUGUGUAUAGAUAUGAGUUGGAUGCGGAUGAGACGAGGGUUGGUAGGACGGAGGUGGGUGCUGCAAAUACGUACCAGGCGGAUGCGAAUCGGGGGAGUGGAGUUAGGGCCCCUGACAUUAUCAAGCCCAAUGGUAGCAUUCAGUAUCAUCCUGCCAAAGUCAUCGAUACCAUCUAG